UAUUUAUUUAUGUUGCCAUAGUGACAGCUGGUAGUUGUUGGAAUCUGUACGUGCUCUUAUGCUGGAAAGGAUGGUUCUACUGCGCAUGUGUAGAAGUAAAGGCGGUAACUCGCAACGCUAAUGGCGGCCGUUUGUUUUGUUCCUUCUGAUAAAGACAGUUGCUCGGUUAUUCCACCGUGUUUGUACACACUUACCGGUAGUUCUUGUUAUUUUGACCUUAGAGCGGGCCCUGUGUGUUUGUCACAACGCACUUGACACGCACAUACGCCUUUUGAAAGGCGUCGUGAAAUGACGUCAUGGCGUCAGCACGUCACGUGUGGUUGAGUCUCGGCGGUUUCUAGUGCGUGCACUUAGUAUUUUACUUUGUACAUAUAAUAAAUGUCUUGGUAAGGAUAUGACUUACCGCAUACAGUAAGUAUGUCGCUAGUGUAGUAAGUAUCUUACUUAGUUUUAGUAUGCCUGGCGCGAAGUGGGCCGCCAGUACCCGGAUGUUGCCGUCCACAAGCCUAGAAAGGUGAUUCAACCAUCGAGUGGUCGACAUUCACCUGCUUCAAAAUGGAAAAAAGGAGGCAAAGUCAUCAUUGUGGUCGUCAUCCAAGCCAUGGGAGGAAGCGUGAAAAAGAGGACAAACGAACUAUGAGUGCUGAUAGAAAUAAAAGGAGGAGUUCAAAGAAGAGUGAAGAUGAAGAAGACGAUGAGAGCUUUGGAGUAUGGAGUUCAGAGAGUGAAGAUGAAGAAGACGAUGAGAGCAUUAGAGUAUGCCAUGGGAGGAAGCGUGGAAAAAAGGACAAACGGACUCCGAGCGCUGAUAGAACUAAAAAGAGGAGUUCAAAGAGUGAAGAUGAAGAAGACGAUGAGAGCAUUAGAGUUUGCCAUGGGAGGAAGCGUGGAAAAAAGGACAAACGGACUCCGAGUGCUGAUAGAACUAAAAAGAGGAGUUCAAAGAGUGAAGAUGAAGAAGACGAUGAGAGCAUUAGAGUAUGCCAUGGGAGGAAGCGUGGAAAAAAGGACAAACGGACUCCGAGUGCUGAUAGAACUAAAAAGAGGAGUUCAAAGAGUGAAGAUGAAGAAGGCGAUGAGAGCAUUAGAGUAUGCCAUGGGAGGAAGCGUGGAAAAGAGGACAAACGGACUCCGAGUGCUGAUAGAACUAAAAAGAGGUAAGACUUUUACACGAUUCUUUUGGAAGCAACUUUUUAGCUCCUUAGUGAGAUUGUGUUCCACUUUUUAAGAACCACUUUAAUA